ACUGAAAGUAGCGCAUCAAAAAGCAGAGAAAAUGACUGGUCGCGGUAAAGGAGGAAAGGGACUCGGAAAAGGAGGCGCCAAGCGUCAUCGUAAGGUUCUUCGUGAUAACAUCCAGGGAAUCACCAAGCCCGCCAUUCGCCGUUUGGCUCGUCGGGGUGGUGUAAAACGUAUCUCCGGUCUGAUCUACGAGGAGACACGAGGAGUGCUGAAGGUGUUCCUGGAAAAUGUGAUCCGAGAUGCCGUCACCUACACUGAACACGCCAAGCGCAAGACCGUCACCGCAAUGGAUGUCGUCUACGCUUUGAAGCGACAGGGACGCACUUUGUACGGAUUUGGAGGUUAAAUAGCUCAAACUCGAUUGGAUUCAUAUAAAAAGGCCCUUUUCAGGGCCACCAAAAUUAUUUCAAAGAAUUAGUUUACUUUUUCUAUUACAUAAGCUGUUACUUCCUAGAAAGCAAGGAAAUUGGGCUACACACAAAUUUGUGCACUUAACUAGUUUUGAUGAAGUUGGAUUUUUGUGUUUCUAGUACUUCUCAUCUAACCAAACAGAUCGACCGGCCCGUUUGCUAGAUCCUACGGGUUGGUUAAAGGUGUUUAAAAUGGUAAUUAGUUAAUAGAAGGAAAAGUUA